UCUGCACUGACGUGUUAAACAGAUCUGCACCUCCCCAUAAAAAAGAUAAAACUCUUUUCUUCUCUGAAUGCGAAUCGACGACAUUGGUGAGGACCAUUUAGAGCCCUCGUUUGGUGAACCAUUGGCUGUUCUCGAGACCGGAGUGGGUAAACAUUAACCCACUCCAGUCAAUUGAAAAAGAAGGGAACCUUCGUUGUCCUGGUGGUAACACCGGCACUCAGCUAUUGGUGGUCGCACCAGCAGCCGGCUCUAGACAGAACCCGUCUCUGCUCAUAUCGCAUCGCCCCCCACCGUCUCGGGUGCUAACGGGUCCACCGCCCUCUCCGUGGAAUUUCUUCUAGAUCUAAAGAAUUUGGAUUUCGUGCACAAAAAAUUAAUAAUAAUAAAUUAUGUCCAGCAUCGCAAUGAAUAAGUUGGUGGUGGCCUUGCUGGGGGUCCUCUUUGUGGGGAUGCUCGCCACCAUCAUCGCUCUGUCAGUAGUCUACUCCAACGAGUUGAACGCCAACAAAGAGCCAGCUGCCCCUGCGCCCACCGAGAAGACAACACCGAAGCCCUCCGACAUUACAACUGAGAAGCCAACAACGCAGUCAAACGAGAAGCCCACUCCGACUAUUCGCCCCGGACCUUGGAAGAACAUUCGCCUCCCUAAGAACCUGGUGCCCAUCAGCUACAAAGUGAAGCUCUGGCCAAAGCUCGAUCCGGACCCCGUGACCAAACUCUACACAUUCAGCGGCGACUCCACCGUCGAGUUCCAGUGUCUAGUCCCAACGAGCAACGUCAUCAUCCACAGCAACAAACUCAACUACACCGUGAAGGGCAGCCACUUGGCUCUCCUCAAAGACUCCGCGGGGAACGGUGUGGAGGUGGCAAGCUCCUGGCUGGAGCCCAAGAACCAGUACCUGGUGCUGGAACUGAAGGCUCCGCUGCAGGAGAAUGCGAUCUACACGAUGGCCACCGAGUUCGUGGGCGAGCUGGCCGAUGACCUCGCGGGCUUCUACCGCAGCGAGUACACGGAGGAGACUGGAAAUCGCAAGGUUUUGGCCACCACGCAGAUGCAGCCCACGGACGCACGCAAGGCCUUCCCGUGCUUCGACGAGCCGGCCAUGAAGGCUACAUUUGACGUGACGAUUAAACACAAACCCGAGCACAAGGCCAUCUCAAACAUGCCCAUUAUAGAUGAAAAAAACAUCACAGAAGGGGCAAUUACCUGGAGAGAAACCACGUUCAACACAACUCUCAAGAUGUCCACCUACCUGCUGGCCUUCAUCGUGUGCGAAUUUACUUACAUCGAGAAAAUAGAAAACGGCACACAGAUUCGCAUUUGGGCACGGCCGCAGGCGGUGGACGAUGGCCAGGCAGACUAUGCCCUCAAUAUCACCGGCAACAUUCUCAACUUCUUUGCGGAUUACUACCAAGUGGCCUACCCGCUUCCCAAGUCUGACCAGAUCGCGCUGCCGGACUUUGCCGCCGGCGCGAUGGAGAACUGGGGCCUGGUGACGUACCGCGAGACGGCGCUGCUGUACGACCCGGUGCAGUCGUCCAACGGCAACAAGGAGCGCGUGGCUUCGGUCGUGGCGCACGAGCUGGCGCAUCAGUGGUUCGGGAAUCUGGUCACGCUGAAAUGGUGGAACGACCUCUGGCUCAACGAGGGCUUUGCCAGCUACGUGGAGUAUCUGGGAGCAGACUAUGCUGAGCCAUCCUGGGAAUUGAAAGAUCUCUUCGUGAUGUCGGACCUGCACCGCGUGUUUUCCACGGACAGCCUAGUCUCCUCUCACCCCCUGUCUUCUGCUGAAGAGGACAUCAACACACCGGGAGAAAUCAAUGAGCUUUUCGACUCCAUCUCCUACAGCAAGGGGGGAUCUGUGCUCCGUAUGUUGUCAUCAUUCCUCACUGAGCCUGUGUUUGUAGAAGGACUAAACACUUACCUCCUGGCUCAUCAGCUCAGCAAUGCAGCGGUGGAUGACCUGUGGCAUCACCAGCAGCAGGCGGUGAACAAGAACAACGUGAUCCUCCCAAAAACGGUGAAAGAGAUCAUGGACACAUGGACGCUCCAGAUGGGCUACCCUGUGAUCAAGCUCGAUACGAGCAGUGGCAAGGUCACCCAGAAGCACUUCCUGAUCGAUCCCGAAGCGGUCGUUGAGCGGCCAUCGCCCUUCAAUAAAAUUUAUAACAACCAAUGUUUCUACAGUUACCUGUGGGAUGUGCCCAUCACGUGGAUGAAGGAGGGAUCCAAUAGCACUGAGUGGUUGCUGGGAGUUCGAGAGGCUACCAUUUCUGCGCUUAAAAGUAAUGACGAAUGGAUCCUGCUCAACAUUGAUGAAGUUGGAUACUACCGCGUCAACUACGAUGUCGCCAACUGGAAUCGCUUGCUGGAUGAGCUGAAAACUAACCUCGAAGUGAUACCCGUGAUCAACAGAGCACAAAUCAUCGACGAUGCCUUCAACUUGGCCAGGGCAAAACACAUAGACGUGGAGCUGGCUCUGAACACCACACUCUACCUGAUUGAUGAGCGCAAGUACCAGCCCUGGCAGGCGACCAUCUCCAGCAUUUCCUACUUCAAGCAGAUGCUUGACCGCUCUGCGGUAUUCGGGAACAUGCAGAAAUACAUCCUGCAGCAAGUCUUACCACUGUACAAUUACUACGAUGAGCUUGUGAGCAGCAACUGGAACGAUGUCCCACCAGGGCAUGCCGAUCAGUAUAACCAAGUCAACGCCAUCUCGCUCGCGUGCUCCUACAACCAUCCCCCCUGUGAGAAGAAGGCAUCCGAUACAUAUAAAGCUUGGAUGGAAAAUCCUACCAAUAAUUUUAUCCACGCGAACCUCAAGUCGACGGUGUACUGCGCGGCGAUAGCAGCGGGUGGGCAGGCGGAGUGGGACUUUGGUUGGAAGAUGUUCAAGGAGACGUCGCUCGCCACGGAGGCCGAUAAACUCCGGGAUGCUCUGGCUUGCAGCAAGCAGACCUGGAUCCUGAACAGGUUUCUGGAGUACACCCUGGACCCCACUAUGAUUCGGAAACAGGAUGCAACCAACACCAUCGUGAGGAUUGCCAGCAAUGUCGUUGGGCAGUCUCUGGCUUGGGACUUCAUCCGAGCCAAUUGGGAGUACAUCUUCACCGAGUAUGGAGGAGGCUCCUUUUCCUUUUCACGCCUCAUUGAAGGAGUUACGGGACGAUUCUCAACAGAAUAUGAGCUCAAGCAGCUGGAGCAGUUCAAGGCCGACAACCAGGAAGUCGGCUUCGGGUCCGGAACACGAGCGCUCGAGCAGGCCCUGGAGCGCACCAAGGCCAAUAUCAAAUGGCGUGCAGAGAACGAGAAACGGAUUGACGAAUGGUUCAUCGACUACAUCAACCCAUAGGAGGCCCACAGUUCACAGGAUGACACAAAAACAUUUCACUGCCUGCAAUGAGUUUAUAUUUUGAGAAGAGAGAAUUGCCUUUAAAUGCCACGACUGGCAGCAUGCGAUGUGAUUAAUUAAUUGUUACAAAAAUUGUUGCAUUUUACUCUGGCCAAUGUUCAAGAACUACAAAAGUUAAAAUGUCCAAACAUGUAAAUCAAAAUGUAAUUUUCAGACUUUCAGACUGCACACGUGGAAUGUUUGCAUAUUUUAGGUGUUGGCGAAGAAAACAUUUAGUUGUUUCAUAUAAAAGAUCACUUUUGCACACGCAGUAUAAGAAAUAAAGAAAGGUUUUCAUUAUGUUUUCUAAGCUUAAUAAAGAUCAUGUCUGAUUGAUUAAUUGCAUUACAUUUAUAUAAAUGUAUUUUAAAAUCUCAAUGCGUUAAUAGUAAUUGUGGUUACUGUAAUAAAGUAAGUUCAUGACUUGGAGAAUAACUUCGUUGUUUGAUGAAAGUCAAUGCAUCUGAACUUGAAGACAGUUGUAAUUUAAAUGUAUAAUGUGAAAAUGACAGCUGUACAAAUGUCAUGCUACAUUUCUCAA